AUGGAGGAGAGUUUCGUCUCGCGAGAGUUGAUCAAUGUCAAUGUGGGCAAACGGAUUCGAAUUGAAUGUCAAUUGAAUAACUCGACGAUCAAUGGAAAUCGAAAAGGCUUAUGGUUACGGUUAGAAGAUGCGGAAGUGUUCUUCUAUGCAACUAGUCGAAUUAAUUCUGAUCAACGUUUUCAAAUCGAACAGCGUUCAAGUUUUCAUAUGAUUAAUAGUACAACAUCGUCGGAGAUCAUCACCUAUUCAUUAAUAAUCGAUGAUCUACGUUUAACUGAUAGUGGAACUUAUUCGUGUCAAGCAGAUAACAAAGUCAUCAAAUUGUUCUUAUUAAACAUCGUCGGCAAACGGAUUCGAAUUGAAUGUCAAUUAAAUAACUCGACGAUCAAUGGAAAUCGAAAAGGCUUAUGGUUACGGUUAGAAGAUGCAGAAGUAUUUUUCUAUGCAACUAGUCGAAUUAAUUCUGAUCAACGUUUUCAAAUCGAACAGCGUUCAAGUUUUCAUAUGAUUAAUAGUACAACAUCAUCGGAGAUCAUCACCUAUUCAUUAAUAAUCGAUGAUCUACGUUUAACUGAUAGUGGAACUUAUUCGUGUCAAGCAGAUAACAAAGUCAUCAAAUUGUUCUUAUUAAACAUCGUCGAACGGCCGUAUUUCAUUACCAACGAUUAUUCCACGUUGAUUCGUACGCAAGUCGGAAGGAACGUUUCGAUUGAUUGUGAAGCGCAUGGCAAACCCGAACCGUAUCUGAGUUGGAUAAGAAAGACAGACGAAUAUAAUCAAAAUCUUAUGAUUAAUUGUUCGACAACGCCUACCACCUGUCAGUUGAAUCUUGUUAAUAUUCAUCGAUGGGAUAAUGGCAUCUAUGAAUGCAUAGCAAUGAAUAGUGUGGGAACAAUUGGACGUUUCUAUGAAGUCGAUGUUCAAUUCCCGCCGUAUGUUCAUAGUUCAAGGGAAGAAGUUCGUCAUUCAGUUGGAGAUGCAGUAGUGAUUGAAUGUAUGGUCGAUGCCAAUCCCGAACCGGAUAUUCGAUGGCUGCAUCGAUAUUCAAAUGAGACGAAACAAGAAAUUGAUUUAUCUCGACAAUAUUCGCAAGAAAAAUUAGAUAAAAACCGAGAAGAUAGGAUUUGGUUUAUUAAACACGAACAGUUAAAUGCGACAAGAUGGAAAACAAGUCUUUUUAUUCAACGUAUUCCAAAACGUUUAUUUAACUCAAAUUUUAUUUGUCGUGCAAUAAAUCGUUAUGGCCAAGGUGAACAGAUAAUAACCAUGCUGGAAAGUCAUCAUUUUACCAAGAAACAUCGACAUACAAGCACCACAUCAGUAUACAGUUCAUCUUUAUCUACCGUUUCGACAAUGACAGAUGAAUUUUUAUCCGAAAAGUUCGAUGAAGUGUCGAACCGAUCGACGAGACAUUCUUUUACCAUAUUUAUUUUCGGAUGUUCAGCAUUUUUAUCUUGUUUGUAUAAACAAUAA